AUGCGCGGUCACUCCGAGCAUCGCUCACAUGCCUGGAAACCGGAAGAGAUUUACAAUACCUGCGUGCAAGCAAUCGAGGGUCGAUGUAAUCGGCGCACCAAAGUCGUGCACGACUAUAAAAUUGCGAUCAAGGAAUUCUUGGCCAGGGUAGAGAUCAUCCUCAUCAACGAGUUGUCCCGCGCCCUCGAGCAGUCCAACGAGCCGGACAGGGUGCUGAUUGGGAGGUUGAAUCGGGCCUUAUCGACGUCAUACCUGAAAGACGAUCGGCCCUCCCUCUACCAUGUCCACUCCCCGUCCCGGCCACAGUGGAAAACGUGGAAUCUCGAUCAUGAGGACCCGGCAAAGAUGGCGCAAAUCAUCGAGGCGGCCAAGGAACUCCUCCGAUUGCCCAGAGCCGAAAUUUACGAGGAAGAUCUUCUGCCAAACCUUCGAGAUCGUUCGGAAUGGGACGCGAGAGCAGCAGCUGAGGUGAUCGCCAUCCAACUCGGCACCCACAUCCACCACGAUACGGCCAGCACGGCUGGAUUAUCCCGAGCCACGACACCGGAUGGUCGAACAUUGUGGUCAUCCGACGGCGACUUGAAGCGCCGCGGGAUCAGCGUCGACUCGAUAUCAAGACGGACAAGUUCAGGCCAGCUGCCCUUGGAACCCAGUGUUUUUGUCCGCGAUCGUCCCUCUGUGAUGUCGUUCCGCGAGAAAUCGGUGCCAUUAGAAGAAGCCGAGUCUCCCGAUCAUUCCCUGUCCUCCAACACGACUCCCGUCCCUAACUCUUCACCGGCCCCCGGCUCGAGCAGUAACCCAAAUGGAAAAUUCGCGUCAUUUGGCGAGAAUUUCCUGACGCGCCCGAUCUGCGUGCAAUCGUUUCAACUGCAGGGCAAACCGCCGAUGCUCGCCCUGUCGGAUAGUUGUGGAGGUGUCUACAUCACGACCCCUGAAGGCGAGAUCACCGACCACAUCCUCAUCAAGAACUCGUCCGCCUCGUCGGUGGCUGUUGAUGAGAAAAAUGCGAUCAUGUACGUCUCGGUGAUGACGGCAAAGGGGCGAUCGAUCCACGUCUUCGACAUGGCCAAGGGGAAUAAGAAGCUUGAUGCAAUCCCCUGCCCGAAGGACCCGAAAAUCGAGCUCAGCCGCACGCGAUGGCUUACUGUAGGCCCGCGGGGGCAUCUUUUUAUGACGAGUGGCGACAAUCUGAAAUCGGCACUGUGGGUGUAUAUGAGGAGCAGAAAGGCCUGGAAAACGCUGAAGGAAUCGCGCAAAUCGAGAUACCAAUAUUUGAGCGUGGCCGAGGAUCAGUCCGACUACAAGGCGGUCGUGUUGUUGACGUGCGACGCGGCGAACAAUCGUCUCCUGCUCUUUGUCGUCGACAGCCAGCUGUCGUUGAUCAACGAGUACGACCUGUCGGUGACGUACAACCUCGGCCAGUACAUCUCAUCCCCGGCGAGCGCGAUUGUCGACAAGACGGGCCACCUGCUGAUCAUGGACUACGCGAACGGGAAGGUGCAGAUCUUGCUGAGCGGCGAGAAGGGAGUGCGAAAAUUGCGAGAAGUCACCUUCCUCGAACCCCUCCAACCACAAAUGGCACUCGGACUGACCGUGCUGGGCGACUACGUCUACGUGGCCUGCUUCAGCACCCGGGAAGUGCGCCGGACGCGAUAUCUGGAGAACGGCAAAUUCAGACAAUUCCACCCGCCGGCGGCGUUGGCAGACGCGGCAGCGGCUGCGUUGCGGCCGAAGGCCAUCCUGGCCAAUGGGCGAAGUCCGAUGGGGGAGCGGAGAGCGAACUCGGUCCCGCGCCCUCCAAACACCCACAUUUCA